AAAACCAAAAUCUCCUCCUCCCUCUUCCCAAACCCUAGAGACUGACCCUCAGCUUCCCUCGCACAGGGUUUCAGGUGAUUGAAAGGGUUUGCGGGCAGAGGUUUCUUCAGGUUCUUCGACACCAAUGGCUCCUAAAGCUGACAGUUCCAAAAAGGGUGAUGCAAAGACGCAGGCAUUGAAGGCUGCCAAAGCAGUGAAAGCAGGUGUGGCCUUUAAGAAGAAGGUUAAGAAGAUCCGAACCUCGGUUACGUUUCACCGGCCAAGGACACUUAAGAAGGACAGGAAUCCUAAGUAUCCUCGAAUUAGUGCUCCACCAAGGAACAAGCUUGAUCAUUAUCAGAUUCUCAAAUAUCCCCUCACAACUGAGUCUGCAAUGAAGAAGAUUGAAGACAACAAUACUUUGGUUUUCAUUGUUGACAUUCGUGCUGACAAGAAGAAGAUCAAGGACGCUGUCAAGAAGAUGUAUGAUAUUCAGGCUAAGAAAGUGAAUACCUUGAUCAGGCCUGAUGGUACCAAGAAGGCAUAUGUUAGAUUGACACAAGAUUACGAUGCCUUGGAUGUGGCCAACAAAAUUGGUAUUAUCUAAGAUAGUUGUCUGGGAUCCUCUUUUGGAGCUUUUUAAUUUAUUCAAAUUCAAAGAGUAAGAGUCAGUUCUGUCGGGACUAUAAGCUACUAGAUUUUGCAAACUAGUUUUACAAGUUGUAUACUUGUGUCAUUUUCUGGUUCAUGUUUCGGUAUUUUUUUUUUAUAUUGGUUUAACUGACAUUUCAACCAAGUAGAGGCUUGAAGGUACGAUUUUUCU